AGUAAUAGUUUGUGAGAAACAACAUGCAACAAACAAAAGGAUUUUCCCAUUCAGAAUAAAGACAAGUUUGUUUGCCUACUUGCUCUAAAAAUUUAUUGGUUGACAGGUUUUGGUAAUUCUUAGUUUCCCCAUAAUGUUUGUGUUUAUGCACCAUAUGCUUGGUGAAUUUUUACUUGCAACAAAAAUUCAUUUGCUUUGCUUUACUUUCUCUAAAUUAUUCUGGGGCAGCAAAAAUGUUCAAUUCUUCCCUUGCAGUGAGUCAUGAUCAAGACUGGAUGUUUUUCUUUUAUUUUUUGUAUACCUGUUUCCUUUGACAAUGAUAAAUAGAUGAUGCUAUUAAAUAUCUAAAUACACUUGCUCUUAUCCAGCUUAUAUUUCCUAUAUUUAUUUUGUCAAUCCUGAAUGAUAGACUUGUUUCACUAAAAAAGACAAGAGGGGGUUGCUCCGGUGGUAAGCGCCCUCCACUUCGGGUGGUUGUGAGUUCAAGUCACCGCGGGAGCUCCUGGGGGAGGGGUAAAAUAAUUUUUUCUUUAAAAAAAGGUUAAAAAAAUAAUAAUAAGUUGUUUCACUAAAUGAGGAAAUACACAAUUUGCCAGGCUUAAAAAAUAAGAUGUGAGAUUAUUAUAUAUAUGGUAAGUAAUAUUAUUAUUUAUAUGGUAUUUGACCUUGGAUACUCACUUUCUCAUGCCCCCUUGUAUGUCUAGAAUCAUUACGGCUUGCUCGUCGAAUCACUUUUGUAUACUCAAACUAUGUGUAUUGAUUGUGUGUUUUACUUCUCUAUCUUUGGGAGUUGCGUGUUAAUGAGGAAGACUUAUGACAGAUUGGGAAAUGUAACUAAAUUGCGAGGACAAUGGGAAAGACAGAUAAAAUAUAGCUUUCUCCUCAAGCCUAAAGACUGCAGGACGCGUGCUAUUUAGAGAAAGAAAAACCAUAAACUACCAUUCAACAGGUUAGAUGGGGCUUAAAAUUAACGAGAGCAAUGACACCUUAAUAGGAUUCUCAUUGUCCAUACUAAUGGUGUUCCUCCAUAUUGUUUUCUGAUACUCUCUUAUCUGUACUUUGCGCUCUCUCAUAAAAUUGUAUGUUGUAGUUGCUAAUAGUUGAACUAGUAAUUAUAUGGGAUUAUACUGGGUAUUUUGUUGUUGCAUACUGAGUAAUGUGAAUGUCAGUAGUUACAUUUGCUUGCUAUGUUCAAUUGGUUAACUUUACUGAUUUUAGUUUUCGGAAGUGUUUGCAAAAUCACUAGCACUAUACCAUGAGGCAUGCUCGGAGUUCUGGUGUAGAUAUGCUUAGCAAUUUGCCCUGUCAUAUUUUGGAGAAUAUCCUAGGGUGCUUGGAUUUGCGAGAUGCAGUGAGGACCAGUAUGUUGUCGAAAGGCUGGAGGUACAAGUGGGUCAGACGUCCAAAACUAGAGUUUGGUAAUGAUGAGUACCUGUAUAUCCCGCAAAAUCCGAUACCUAAGACACUGAUUUACCAAGUCCUGCUACUCCAUGAAGGACCAAUAAUGAAGUUUAGUCUCUGGGGCCGUUACUGGAGAAGUUGUCCUGAUUUUGAUCACUGGAUUCUGUUCCUUUCCAGGAAAAACGUCCAAGAAUUCACCCUUCAAAUAGGCGUAGGCAACAUAUAUCAUAUGCCUUCGCACCUUUUUGCAUUCCAGCAACUGAGGCAUCUGAAACUUUCUAGUUGUGUGUUCCACCCUCCAACCACUUUCAUAGGGUUUAAAAAGCUUACUCACAUUGACUUUCACACUGUCACUAUCGUGCCAGCAACAUUUGGAGAUCUCAUCUCUAAAUGCCCAUUGCUCGAACAGUUACGGUUGGUUGCAUGCACAAACUUUGAUUGCCUCGAAAUUGAUGCUGCUAAUCUCCGGUGCUUCUAUUUCAUAGGAGUACUGAAGUCCAUUUGCUUUAAGAACACCCCUAAGCUUGAACAAGUUACUGUGGAUUUCAGAUUGCGAGUUUUGGCUGAUGAGUUUCCUGUUUGCUCUAAUCUUGUGAAGUUCUUCCAUCACACGCCUAACCUAAAACAAUUGAACCUAGAUGGUGGGGUAUUGCAGUACUUGACUGUGGGAGGUCUGCCAGAGAGUCCUCCAACUGCUCUAAACAAUGUCAGAGAUCUCAACAUUUCGCACAUGUCGUUCGAAAACAUAGAGGAGGUUGUAGGUGCUGUUUACUUGAUCACAAGAUGUCCCAGGUUACAAUACUUUUCAAUGGAUGCAUCCAUCAAAAAUGUCGAGGAAGCUGGUGUACAAUUCAUAAAAGCCCAAACGAACUCAUAUGGUGGUAUGAAGGUGCUUCAAAAGGUUAUGCAGAUGAUCCAUGAGAUGAAACAAUUUCCAUGUCCAUCACGCAAUGUUAAAUUCAAGUACGAAGAACUUGGUACAGACAUAGUGAUGGAAGUGCCUUGACUUUGCUUUUCAUAUUGUGUUGGUUUUGUGGAUAUUACAGUUUGAAUUCAAGAGGACCAUCAGUACUGGUAUAGUAAGUCUGUGUUAUCCUUUUUGGUUGUGGCAGCUUUGUAAAUGCAUCUUUUGUGCAGUAUGAUAUGCUCUGUGAAGGUCCUUGUCUCAAGUAUCCUCUGUGAAUUUUGUAAAAUGUAUUUAGUUGUUUAUAUUAAUGAUAUAGUCCAUGAAGCUAUUAGUCUGACUCUACUACGAAGCUGCCAUGUUGGUGCAGCAGUAACUUCAGUGAUAAUAUGUAAAAGAUUUUGGGAAUAUGAAACCAGUGCAACUCUUUUGCACCUCCAGGUACAA